AUGGCAUCCCUCAUCCGCAAUGCCGGUCGCAUUCGAGCCCCCAUCUUUCGCACAAAUGUCCGUGUAGCUGCAAAGGCACCAAUUGCCUCACAAAGACGACAUGCUUCCGCAGCGGCAGCGGCUGUUGCAGAUAGCGGAGAGCACCCCUUCUUCCCAGAUGAGCCCCGGCAGCCAAUUGUGAAGACGGAGAUACCCGGUCCGGAGAGUAAGAAAGCCAUUGAGAGACUAAGCAAGGUCUUCGAUACCAGGAGCUUGAACAUGAUGGCUGAUUACUCACGAAGCUAUGGCAACUACAUUGCAGACCUCGACGGCAACGUUCUCCUUGAUGUAUACGCACAGAUUGCCUCCAUCCCUGUAGGCUACAACAACCCUUCCCUCCUCCUCGCAGCCACAUCCCCCGAAAUGGCUUCCGCCAUCAUCAAUCGCCCAGCUCUCGGAAACUUCCCCCAGCACGACUGGGCUGACAUUCUCGAAUCUGGUAUCCUCUCCGUAGCGCCCAAAGGCCUAAACCAAGUCUUCACAGCGCAAGCCGGCUCCGACGCUAACGAGCUUGCCUACAAAGCAGCCUUUAUGUGGAAGCGCCAACAGCAACGUGGCGGCGCUUCCGCCGACUUUUCACAGGAAGACAUUACCUCUUCCAUGGAUAACAAAGCACCCGGUGCCCCGGACAUGUCCAUUUUAUCCUUUAAGACAGGGUUCCACGGCCGCCUCUUUGGCAGUCUAUCAACCACACGCUCUAAACCCAUCCACAAGCUCGACAUCCCCGCCUUCGACUGGCCACAAGCCCCAUUCCCCGUUCUCAAAUAUCCCUUACAUGAACAUGAGGCGGAAAACGCAGCAGAAGAACAGAGAUGUCUAGAUGAAACAGAACACAUACUGACAACCUUCCACAACCCGCCCGCUGCCGUAGUAAUCGAGCCCGUUCAAUCCGAAGGUGGUGACAACCACGCCACCCCCGCGUUCUUCCGCGGCCUACGCGACAUCACAAAGAAACACGACGUCCUCCUGAUCGUCGAUGAGGUGCAAACGGGUGUCGGCGCGACAGGCAAAUUCUGGGCUCAUGAACACUGGGGCCUGACGACACCACCUGACAUGGUUACUUUCUCCAAGAAGGCGCAGACAGCCGGGUACUACUUUGGUAACAACGAUCUCCGUCCCAACAAGCCUUACCGUCAGUUCAACACGUGGAUGGGCGACCCAGCCCGCGCCAUCCUCUUCCGUGCCAUCAUCCAGGAAAUCAAACGUCUGGACCUCGUCAACUCUACCGCCGCUGUUGGAGAUUACCUAUACAACGGGCUGCAGAGGCUGAGUGAGAAGUUCCCCCAGGACAUCCAGAAUCUGAGAGGAAAGGGACAGGGCACAUUCAUUGCGUUUGACAGUGUACGACGGGAUGAGGUGCUUAAGAAGGCGAAGGGUGAGGGAGUUAAUAUUGGAGGGAGCGGAGAGAGGGCAGUUCGUUUGAGGCCUAUGUUGAUUUUCCAAAAGGGGCAUGCGGAUUUGUUAUUGGAGAGAUUGGAGAGGGUGUUUUCAUCGUAA